AGCUGUACUAGGUUUACGUGGGGGAUUUAAUCAUGGCUGCAGUUGACAGUUUUCCACUGCUGUUUAGAGAAAUCACCAGAUCCUGCAGCUGUUAUGUAGAAACGCUUGCAUUAGUGGGUGCACUCUAUACUGCAAGUAAAGCUGUUACACUAAUGAGGGACUGCUAUAGUCUGAUAAGGCUUCACUUCAUCCCGCGUCUUGUUUACCCUAGAGAUCUUGUGCACAGAUAUGGAAAAUGGGCUGUCAUUAGUGGUGCAUCAGAGGCGAUAGCUAAAGCAUACACCGAGGAACUGGCCAGGCAUGGUGUAUGUGUCAUCCUCAUUACCACUGACACUACCGAUCUAAAUGACACCGCCAAGACCAUCUCUGACAUGCAUGGAGUCGAGGCUAUCCUAGUGGAGGCAGAUUUCAGCCACGGUGCCUUGACCUGCAACCCCAUUAAAGAUGCGAUCAAGGACAAAGACGUCGGAUUUGUCAUAAACUGCCUGAAUUCGUCUCUGGACAUCCCCCGAGACUUCCACGAUAUAUCUGAGUGCGAGCUGUGGCAGAUUAUAAACAACAGCAUAUCUGCAGCCUCGCUGAUCACCCGCCUGGCUCUGCCCGGGAUGGCUGAGAGGCGAAGAGGUGUAGUUGUUAAUAUUUCAUCAGGAAGAUGCUCCAGGCCCUGUGCACGGAAGGCUCUGCUCUCUGCGUCCACGGCUUUCUUUGACCACUUCAGUCGUGCCCUGCAUUAUGAAUACGGCCACCGUGGAGUGUUUGUGCAGAGUUUGUUUCCCGGCAAAGUGGCCUCUGAGGAAGAUGAUGGUAGUUGGUUGGUUCCACAGCCUCAUGUUUAUGCUAGACAUGCUCUGUCUACUCUAGGCAUCUCGCACAGAACUACAGGAUACUGGCCUCACACACUACAGCUUGGACUUAUGCGGUGUGUGCCAGAGUGGAUCUGGGUGACGGGAGCAUGUGUCAUGUGUAGGACGACCUAAAAGCUCAGACUUUCACUGGGAUAAGCAGUGUAUAAUAUCAUGUUGCAGUGUUUAACAGCGUAGAAAUACAGGAACGUGACUAUUUUACAUUGUCUAUACGUGCAGUACACUUCUGCAUUUCUUGUGUUGCCCAACAUAUUGUGAAGAAAUACCGUAUGAUGACUAUCCAUGAUCACUUUCAGCUUGCUUAGUGAUAAUAUUGUUGUGUUAUAAACAACUUCAAGAGUGACUAAUAUUCUAUAUACAUCAGUGGUGUUUUGUGUGUACUGGUUAUAUAAAAUGGUGAUGUAUUUAUUUUUGCUAGAGCUUACAUUUUUCAUGCUCUCGAUUUGACAGUGCAGGUUUGACUCCCAAUUCCCAAUAAAGUACAACUAAACUAUGUA